GCCCAGGGGGCUAGAGGGACUGUUUGGGUGGGGCUGCCGUUUUGCUGGAGACUUCAGCAUAUCCAUCUGAGGCAUCUCAAGGGGAAUACAAUUGGCUGUGUCAGGUUGGAGGAGACUGGGGUUUGGAGCUAAGGUAAGAGUGCUGCAUCGAGUGGGGGUCCCCACUGGGUGAGGGCUGGAUCCUCCAGGCCCACUCGCUGAGAUGGGAAUAGGUAGCACCUAUUAUCCAAGCUUACUCAAUGCCAGGUGCUGUUCUAAAUGCUUUAUUUCCAGUCAUGGUUUUACUUCUUGACAAUAACCUGAGACAGGUAGUAUUAUCCCAUUUUACAGAUGGGAAAAGAGGGCAGGAAGAUGACAGAAGUGGGGUAUGAAUUCAUGCAGUCUGGCUUCAGUCUUCCCUCUAGCUAUCUUUGAGGCCUUGUGGCCUCUCCCGUAACAGGGGGCCAGGAGCUUUUGGACUCGGGGGCAGGGGCUAGGUUCCUGGCUUUUGAAGGGACCUGGGGUUCCUGUGCCCCCACAUCCACUGCUUCCUUCUUCUGCCCUGGUUUCCUGGCAAGUGCAGCAGAGGCGCUAUGGCAGGAAGUCCUGUGGUCAUAGCCCCCCAGACUGCAGGGACCGCCCGGAUGGGGCCCCCACACACUGCUCCUGGCCCAGGCGGUUCGGCAGGAGGCCUCUCGGCACUGCAGCCACCUUGAAUAUUGGAACCCUGACAACCUGUGUUGUGGCAGUUGCCUGCAGCACUUCGGGCCCCCGCCCUGCUCCGGUGAGGAGCUGGGAUUGUGCGUUUACCUACCUUCAGGCAGAGCUGGGGGUGAUAGGGAGGGAGGAAGGGGUGAGGUGUGUAGGGUACAGCCCAUCAAGCUUGCUCCCCUGUAGAGGAGAGGGGCCUUUAGUAGACAAAGGCGGGGAGGAGGGAACUGAACUCCCAGAGAAGGGCUAGUAGGGGUUAUGAGCAUCGCGGUGAAGAGGGGAAAGGGCCUCACUACCACACAGGAGGCAGGCUUGGUGGCACCAGUGUGAGACCUUGUUUCCUAUCAGACUCUAUAGAGUUUUUGGAAAACUGCGGCCUCAGUGAUGCCGGUGAUCAUGUAAUGCACCCCUUCAAAGAGUGUCCUCCUGGGCAGUGCAACCCCGACAAUGCAGAGCUAUGUAGCCCUUGUGGCAGCAGAGCAACGGCCCCCACUCCCACAGGGAGCCGCGGCGGAAGCCAGCGGCGCUGCAGAGAGAAGCUGGUUCCUAAGAAGGAGCCCUGUCUCCUGACACCUGGAAAGCCAAGGGUUCUUAGCUCCCAGGAGACCAGCUCACCAGAGAUUCCCGGUCUUUCGUGGACAUCUGAGCAUAAGGUCCCUCACCAGGCCUGGUGGGGUUUGAGUUUUGCCCUGUCCCUGGUGCUGGUUCUGCUCGGGACCUUGGCAAUAAUCAUGCUGGCCCUGCAAAGGCACCGUCGGCGGCGCCGCCAACAGGAGAGAGUCAUCCAAUACUCCUCUCCUGGCGUGGUUUGCAGUGAUCUCAACACCCACAUCCUCUUCUCCUUGCUCUCGUCUUCUCCCGGUUCCCUGGAGGCUUCGGAGGCAGAGGACUCAUGGAAGGAGGUCUCUCUGCCUCCAGUCCUAGGCAGGAAGCUGCUGCGUCUGGAAUCCCAGCCCCUGUCGCGCCUCCUGGACGAGCUGGAGGAGCUGGUCGUGCUGCUGGAUCCCAAGCCUGGGCCUGGUGGGGCAAUGUCUUAUGGCACCACCCGACACCUGGCUGCAAGAUACAGACUGCCUGCUGCCUGGUCCACCUUUGCCUACUCACUGCGGCCCAGUUGCUCACCUCUUCGGGCCCUGAUCGAGAUGGUGGUGGCAAAGGAGCCCUCUGCCUCUCUGGGCCAGCUUGGCACACACCUGGCCCACAUAGGACAGGCAGACGCACUGCAGGUGCUGUCCAAACUUGGUUGAUCUGGGGCUUGCCUGGCCUAGUACUCAAGAAAAAUAAAGUUUCUCUUGAAAUAA